AUGGAUAGUUCAGCUACUUCAGCCAACAAGAAGACAGCAGAUCUCGCUGCUGCCGGCGCCCAUCAGGACUUACAAUCUCUGGACUCUGUGAUCUCUCUUCUACAGAAUCACUUUCAAUUUUGCAAAUCCGUCCACCUCGUUCUCAAAACAGACCCAGAUCCUACUAUGGAGAUUGUUGCGCCGCUCACUGAUGAUAAUGACGUGAGAACUGCGAGCAACGAGGUCACUACUAGUGUGACCAAUUUCAUUGAAGAGAAAUUGUUACCGCGCACCGACGAUUUAUAUUGUGUAAUGGUACAGCAGCGGCUAUCAUUGAAGGCAGACGACCGCCGGGAAGGCCUGCACUUCUUGCCGUCGCUACGUGCAUUCACGCCAUUUGAGGCAAAGGCGAGGAUCCAAGGAGAAGUUAUACGUGAAGGGGACUGGGAUCGAAAACGGGAUGCGGAGAUUGCCGUCUGGCGGGCGAUGGACGCUCUAGAUUCUACGGAGAUUAAUCGCGAGGGCACGAGAGGAUAUUGGGUCAAGACGGAUGUGCUCGAUAUGUUUCCAUGGGGAGGAAUGGAAUUUGUCUAG